AUGCCCGCUCCUCGAGUGCACUGUGGGAAAGGAGCUAUCAUGAGAAGAGCAGCGUUGCAUCAUCGCCACCACUCUCACCUUGGUUUCAGGCCUCCCAGCAGAGGAAAAGUGGAGCUGGAACACCAAGAGGAGGAGGAGAAGGGAAUGGAGGAGGACACCCCUCUAAAAGCCCUUGCACCCGAUGCUUCACUGCCAGAGGAGCAGCCCUCUGUCAGCUCUGACGCCUCAGAUAGUCCUUUCCAGUGCCUAGAUGAGUUGUUGUCAUUGGGCAAAAUCAGCCAGACCAAAGUAGCCAGACUGAAAUCCAGCUACAGGCUUCUCCACGAUACUCUGAAGAGUAGCCAGGAUUCUGAGACCAAGCUUUUGAAAGAGGCAAAGAGGUGUCGUGCUGAGCUGGAGAGGCUGCAGGCCGAGGUGGAGAGAAGAGAGGAGCAGAGCACCUCUGAGGAGCCUGAAAGUGAGGUCAAUGAACUGAGGCAGCAGCUCCUCCAGGCAUACAAUGAACUGAAAGCUGCUGAGGACAGAGAGUACAACACACAGCACAAACUGAAACGUCUCUGGGAAGAGAAGCUGUAUCUGGAGAAAGAGAAUGAGAUUCAGCCGAUACCUGCUGAGGUGGAGAGCAGAAUAAAGGCCCUGCAGGACAAAUAUGAGGAUCUGAGGAGAGAGGUUGCCCAGAGACAACUGGAAGUCAGAAGCCUGGUGGAAGAUGUGGAAAGCCAUGAAACGCAGAUAUUGAAAGAACAGAAAGAGCUGGAAGACAGGAAGAGGAUCAUAGAGCUCAAAGAGGCUGAGAAAGCCCAGCUCAUCAGCAUACCUGACCAGAUUUUAAAGGAGACUGGAAGGAAACGUUCUAAGAGGGAAGCCGCAAUGAAGAAGACAGAAGCACUCAAUGCAGAGAUUUCAGAAAUGGAGGAGCACGUGAAGGAGGUGGAGCAGCAGAACCACUCCCUCAGGUUAAAGAAGAAGGAGUUGAUUGAGAAGCUGGAGGGUCUGCGGGCCCAAGUCGAGGCCAGUCAGAGGGAGUGCAGGCAGCUGCUAAAAGAGCAGGAGGUGAAGAGGGAGGAGGUGGCCGAAUUCACGGGGCACAGGGGGAUCCUGGAAAUGAAGUUGCAGAAUGUCAUGUGUGACAGAAAGCACCUGCAUGAGAGUCAAUCUGUGCAGCUCAAAGAGAAAAAUAGGCAGGUGCAAGCCCUCAAGAGGAUGGAGCAUGCAUUGGCCAUGGCCACUGAGCAGCUAGAACACGCACAGUGUGUCAACAAUGAGUUACAAGCACAGUUAGAUGCUGUUCCCAACAUAGAGGCCAGUAUUCAGCAGAGGAUGGGGCUCCAGAAAGAGGUGGAUGCGCUCAAAGCCAGCUUUGAAAAACAGCUAUCAGCAGCUGAGGAGGAGAGCCAGAAGAAGCAGCAGUAUGGGAUGAUUGAGGGGCUGCUGAGGGAGUCCAACUGCCUCAGAGAAGAACUCCAUAACCUCAGAUGUCUGACACAGAUCAAAGCCGAGGAGAGGGGCCAGAAACACCGUGAACUGCUCAGGGCUGAGCAGCUGAACCAGCACAUCCAGCAGGAGCUGCUCGAAAAAGACCUGAUCAUCAUGGACCACAACAAGCUGAAUACCAUGCUACAGCGCAGAGUAUCACAGUAUUGUAAGCUGUGCCACGUGAUUACGGAAGAGAAGAACAAGUAUGUCAAACUGAAGCAGAUCGCCUCGCAGACAAUCACAGAGCUGACAGAGCAGGUGAAGGUGCAGGAAAAUGAGGCGGAGAUCCAACGUACCAUUGUCAUCAACAAGGACAGAUCACUCACAAAGGCUCACAUGAAGAUCUCUAAUAGCUCCAAAAUGAGGGACAAACUACGCAAUGACAUCUCUAAGGUUUCUUGGAAACACCGUCAGAUCAGUCAGGAGUGUGAGGACAAUAAACUGGAGUUGAUGAAACUCACACAAAUGAUCAACCUCCAGGAGCAGGCCCUUCUGGAAAUAAACAAGAAUCAUGAAACAGCCAUACAGCGCCGCAAUUCUCUUGGCAUUCAACUCCUGGAGCAUGAAGAGGUGUUAUUCAACUACUAUGAAAAGGUAAGCAUCCAGGAGGCAGCCAUUACGAAGGGCAACAUGGCGCUGGAGACCCUGGAGAAGGAGAUGAGAGACCUGCAGUUCGCGAUCAAUGAGGAGAAGAGGCAGAUAGCCCUGAAGAAGAAGGAGGUGCCGCUCAGGAAAAAGUUGGAGGAAGAGAUCACCACGUUGCAGAUAGAGCUGUCAGAAGCCAGGGACAAGACACUUGAAGGUCUGAAUCGAUCAGUCAAUUACAAAGAGCUGAAAGGCAAAGACCCCUCAGCUGCAGAACUGGUCAAGAAGAUUGAGCAGCUGGAGGUGAAUCUAGCAGAGAGAGAGAGGCAGGUGCUGGAGAGAGAACUCCUCGUGGACCAGGUGACCCGGCUCUCGAAGCCUCUCAGCGAGCAGGCUGACAAGUGCCAACAGGACAGACUCUCACUGGCAAAGAAGUUAAACGAGCUCCGGGCUCACAUCAUCGACACCAACCGCCGCAUGAUGGCCGCUUCCGCAGAACUUUCCAUGAAGCAAGCCGCCGCUCUGUCUCUCCAGCAGGAGAUCAAAGAGAAGGAGCACCAGAUGGACAGGUGCCAGCAGCAGCUGGAGCAGGGCCUGCCACCAUGCCCUGAGAUGGAGGAGGAGUGGAGGAAGAUGCUCCGAGACAAGAAGAGGAGACAGAGGGACAAAGAGGAGAGAGAGCGGCUGGCUGAAGAAGACGAGUGGAACCAGUUGCCCAGUGGAGAGUACACCACGGCCGAGCCCCGUCCCAACGCGUACAUCCCCCAGAACGACCCGCUCCCUCUGCCCAAACCCUACGGAGCCCAGGCCCCAUUCAAACCCACCCAACCAGGUGCCAACAUGAGACACAUCCGCAAACCAACGCUCAAACCCUUAGAGAUCUAG